GUUGUGAAAAAAUUCACGGCCAUGUAACGAGAGCCGGGUGGGAGUGUCAACCCCCUGCGCCCGCUGAUGUUUGUUCCCAAGGAUGAUAUUGUGUAACCACUGAAGCCAUCCCCUUCCACGGCCAAACAGCCCAACAGCUGAACAUUCACCACCACCCACCCACCCAUAUUCCAUCUCGGUCUAUUUUGGUUCCAGCAUCAGAGCCUCUCUGUGGCGCAGUCCGUUUUGUUGUAUUCGUUGAGUUUAUAUAUGUGUGCUGUAUAUAUAUAAAAUUGUGUACGUGAUGUUGGCGUGAAGUGAUAUCAAAUUGUUAAGGAUAUUGCCAGUUUGUGAGCCACCACAUUCGACAUAAUAUGGAUCGUGCGUAAUGCUUGUGUCUGCUAAACCAACGGCUGUAACAGGGCGAGCAGAGGGCACUUCGAAUUCUGAGAGCAGAUUGUGACCUUAAGAUGCAGGCAGGGGGCAGCAUGGGAAGCGUGGAGGAGAGAUGCAAGAGACUGAGCGAGCGAUCGGGAGCAGGAGAGAAGCCAGCCUUGCGUGGAGCGCGCUCAACCGCGGGGCGCGUUCUGCGCUUGCGAGCCGCCGUGGCGUGCGACGACGUGGUCUCCGCUCGCCGGUUGCUGCGGGAGAUCAUCGGCUCCAGCGUGGACGAGGCUCCCGGAUCGACGGCCGCUCCCGCUCCCGUCGCCAAUGCCGACCUGCAGGGGAAGCCCCACGGCUGGGCCACGGUGGCCCAGGUGCGUGACCGCAACGGCUGGACGCUGCUUCACCUCGCCACGGUGCGCGGGAGCGAGGGGUGCGUGCGGCUGCUCCUGCAACACGGAGUUGACCCGUGGGACGGCGAUCAGGAAGGUGGCUUUACCGCGUUGCACUACGCUGCCAUGGGUGGGCGCGGCACGGUGGCGCGGAUCCUGCUGCAGCCACCGUCACCGGCGGUGGCGGGGAGUGCCCUCACUCGUGUGGCUCCACCGCCAGUGACCCAGCCGGAGAUCGAGACUCCAUCAGAAGCCCACUUAAUCGCCGACGCUCCAUCAGAGACCCGCACGGAGAUCGAAUCUCCAUCAGAAGCCCAACAACAUCAAGAAUGUCCAUCGCAAGCCCAACCAGAGCGCGUGGCUCCAUCGGAGACCCAAAUUAUCACUUCGAUUCCGUCGGGAAUCGAUGCUCGCGGCGCAGGGAAACCCCCAGACUCACUGGGGUCUGGACCGGGAUCAGCUGGGGUGGACCGGCGGCUGGGGUUGGUGGCCGCACGCAGCAGAGACGGAUGGACUCCACUGCACGUGGCGGCCAGCUACGGGCAUGAGCACGUGUUGCGACUGCUGCUUAACUUCGGGGCGGACGUGGACGCGCAGAACGGGAAGGGGCUGAGCGCGCUCGUCUUGGCCGUGAUGCGCGAGCGCGAGAGCUGCGUACGUGCGCUGCUGGAGCGCCACGCCGACAUCCGCGCCAACCACGACCUGGCGCUCUUCUCCGCCGUGCUCCGGGGCAGCGACACCAUCUGCCGCCUCCUACUGCAGAGAGGCGCGGACCCACGUGCGAGCCGGCCCUGCGACGGCCUCACGCCGCUCCACGUGGCCGCCCUGCGGGACGACGCGGCGUGCUCACGCCUCCUGCAUGCCCACGGAGCCCACGCGGGGACCCCCAACGCCGCGGGAGUCUCGCCCUUCUCCGUGUGCGCCCGGCGCGCGCGGUCCGACAGCCCCUGCCUGCAGUUCCUGCGACAAGCGGCAUGCCGACCGCGCUCGCUGCUCGAGUGCAGCCGCGCGGCGGUGCGGCGGGCGGCGUGGCGCGCGGGGGCGCUGCCCCGCCUCGGGGAGCUGCCGCUGCCCCCCACGCUGCUCCGCUACGUCCUCUUCAGAGGCAUCGACCUCGGCGACGGCGACUUCCGCGACGAGGAGGCGCCGAGGCAUGGCGGCGGCGGCGGCGCUGGCGGCGCGGGGCCGAGCCACCUGCCCCGUAGACCCCUAGCGAGCGGUGGUGGCCAGACGCGGCAGCAGCAGCAGCAACAGCAGCACUAGCUGUGAUAGCACCAGCUGUGAUAGUACCAGCUGUGAUAGUACCAGCUGUGAUAGCACCAGCACCAGCUGUGAUAGUACCAGCACUAGCUGUGAUAGCACCAGCUGUGAUAGCACCAGCUGUGAUAGUACCAGCACUAGCUGUGAUAGCACCAGCUGUGAUAGCACCAGCUGUGAUAGUACCAGCACCAGCUGUGAUAGCACCAGCUGUGAUAGCACCAGCUGUGAUAGUACCAGCACCAGCUGUGAUAGCACCAGCUGUGAUAGCACCAGCUGUGAUAGUACCAGCACCAGCUGUGAUAGCACCAGCUGUGAUAGCACCAGCUGUGAUAGAACCAGCACCAGCUGUAAUAGCACCAACACCAGCUGUUAUAGCACCAGCUGUUAGAGCACCAGCUGUUAUAGCACCAGCUGUUAUAGCACCAGCACCAACUAUAAUAGCAGCACCAGCUGUGAUAGCAGCACCAGCUGUAAUAGCAGCACUAGCUGUGCUAUCACAGCACCAGCUUUAAUAGCACCAGCACUAGCUUUAAUAGCAGUAGCAGCACCAGCUGCGAUAGCAGCAGCAGAAGCUGUAAUAGCAACAGCAGCAACAACAGCACCAGCUGUAAUCCCACCAGCAUCAACUGUAAUAGCACUAGCUGCAAUGAGGGCCCGAUUAAGGUUCUUGUAGGCCAGAGGCACUUCUGUUUUUGUAGGUACUGCUGCCCCUAGGGUGCUGCUGCCCCAUUACACUCCUACCGCCACUGUCACUCGCUUGUUUCAAGCGUACUUCGUCCAGCCGCUGGACAGAUGUCGUUACUGCUGAUGCGUUCAUCGUUUAAGUCUGUGCCCUGAUUCGACGGGAAAGCGCGCGCUGCGUGCCGCAGAUAAGCGAAAUUUGAUUUGAAAUGAUUGAGAGAGAAAAAAAUGGUACGCCUAAAUAUACGAGGGAACAUUUCUUCAACAAUGUUUUCCUAUGAUUAUCAUAUCGGAUGGCGCAGCUUUAAAAGGAUGCCGUUCAUUUUCAUCGAUAGCAAAUUCAAUGUUCUGGUAAUGACCACGUGGCGACCACCGUAUUGCUUUAAUUUCGUUUAAGCUGAAAGAUGUUUCUUAUUUUAGGUGAAAUAUGCCUCGCCUACAAGUGAACGACUUUUUACCACUGCAAAGAAAUGGCAACGAGCAGCCAUAAAAAACACAUACCUAUUCAAGAAGAUAUAUUGGUAACAAAAAAAUGUAUCAUACAAACAAAAACAUGGUCAAAAUGUGUUUUUGUCGUAGGCCCUAGGCACAGUGCCUAUUGUGCCUAUUCGAUCAAACAGCCCUGGCUGUAAUAGCACCAGCAGCAAUAGCAGCGACAGCACCAGCUGCAAUAACAGCAGCUGUGAUAGCACCAGCAGCAAUAGCAGCAGCAGCACGAGCUGCAAUAGC